AUAGCAACCCGAAAGCAAUGCCACUGCAUCGAGACCCUCACCUAGUUCUCAUCACAUCUCCACCAUCGUCCCUGCCCCAUGUCUGCACACGAAGAAGAAGAUUUCGCCCCCGCGUCUACUCCGGGCUACAAACCCACGGCGGCGAAGAGUGUCGACGAAUAUGCACAGAUGGACGCGGAGGACGAGAGUUUGGCACGCUGGAAGGCCAGCCUGGGUAUCGCACCGGGUGCCUCGACGGCCCCCGCCGCCGGUCCCAAGGUCACCGUCUUCACGCUUGAGCUUGACUCACCUACAUUGCCCCCGGGCAAGAAGCUCGUGCUCGACCUCCAGGAUCCCUCGCAGCUCACCAAUGUGAAGAAGCAUCCGAUCACCAUCAAGGAAGGCGUUGAGUACAAUGUCCGCAUCACGUUCAAGGUCAACCACUCGAUCAUCUCCGGUGUACGGUAUAUGCAGGUUGUGAAGCGUUCUGGUGUUCGCGUGGACAAGAUGGAACAGAUGCUUGGUUCUUACGGUCCCCACCCGAAAGGAGAGGCAUACACCAAGAACUUUGAUCCCGAGGAGUCCCCGUCUGGUAUGCUCGCUCGCUCUGGCUCGUACAAUGUGAGGAGCCGUGUCGUUGACGACGACGGCGAGGUCUACGCCGAUUGGGAAUGGUCAUUCAAGCUUGCAAAGGAAUGGUAGGGGAAGGGCGUCGUCCCGGGCGGAGGCAUCAUGGCAUCUGUAUCACUUUCAUCAUCGCGCACUAUACCACAUGCUUUUGGGUUGUAUUGAGAAGAAUCAACAAUCUCGUGCCGCGCACGAGUAUACUAUAUUGAAGGAAUGAAGUUUUUUGGGGUCGUA